AGAUUCCACUGGGUGAUUGCAGUAACACAAAUCAAUGUUAGCGUGAGAGCCUACAUUCACCAGUAAGAAGGCGUUGUGUGCCCCCCCCAGCGGCGCCAUCAUGUGGCAGGAGGCCCGACGGCACGAGCGCAAGCUGCGCGGGAUGAUGGUGGACUACAAGCGGCGAGGGGAGCGACGGAGAGAGUAUUACGAGAAGAUUAAAAAAGACCCUGCCCAGUUUCUUCAGGUGCAUGGAAGAGCCUACAAGAUCAGUCUGGAUCCGGCAGUGGCCUUGGCGGCUGAGAGCCCCAUCAACAUGAUGCCUUGGCAGGGUGAUGUCAACAACAUGAUUGACAGGUUUGAUGUGCGGGCACACUUGGACUACAUCCCCACCUACACACCCCCGCUGCUCAACACCACGUCUGCAGAGCAGGAGUCAGAGGAGCGGAAGUGCAACUACGAGCGCUACAGGGGACUUGUGCAGAACGACUUCGCCAACAUCUCCGAGGAGCAGUGCUUGUACCAGAUCUAUGUGGAUGAAUUAUACGGUGGCCUGCCGAGACCAAAUGAAGACGAGAAGAAAAAGCUGGCAGAGAAGAAAGCCACGAUUGGCUACACCUAUGAGGACAGCACCGUCAUGGACACGGACCCUCUCCUCCUGUCGGACAAGGAAGAGGAGGACUCCGAGGAGGAGGAGGCGUCUGAGGAGGACGAGGGCAUCCCUGACAUAGAUGUGGAGGUGGAUGUGGAUGAGCUGAAUCAGGAGCAGGUGUUGGAUGUGAACAAGAUGGCUACCGCCUACGGGAUGGCAGAAGGAGACUUUGUCAGGAUGCUGAGGAAGGAUAAGGAGGAGGUGGAGGCCAUCAAGCACGCCAAGGCCCUCGAGGCUGAGAAGGCCAUGUACUCGGGCCGAAGGUCACGCAGACAGAGGAGAGAGUUCAGAGAGAAGCGGCUGAAAGGCAGACAAAUAAGUCCGCCCAGUUACGCACGGAGAGAUAGCCCGACCUACGACCCAUACAAACGUCCUCAGUCGGAGUCCAGCUCGGAGUCUCGCUCGCGCUCCCGCACGCCAGGCAAGGAGAAGAUCACCUUCAUCACCAGCUUUGGGGGCAGCGAGGAUGAGGGCGACGGCCCCCCGACCCAGGCGCCCCCCAACCCCCACCAAGUGGGGGGCCACGGCCACGCCUCCGGCAGCUCGUCCAAUCAGCAGCCCACGCACCCCUCUGCAGGUCAUAGCAGAGGCUCCCGCCGACGCCACUCUUCCUCCAGCCGGUCUUCCUCCUCCUCUCGGUCUUCACGGUCACGGUCUUCAUCGCGGUCGCGCCGCAGCGGCUGGCGGGGCAGCAGAGACGGUCGCUACGCGCGCUCCUCCUCCCGAUCCCGGUCGCGACAGUUCUCCGACUCGCACUCGCAGCAGCAGCGCAGCGGAGGCGGCGGUGGCAGUGGCAGUACUGGAGGCGGCCACAGGAGGCGCUAUGACUCUCGCGCCCACUCACGCUCCCGUUCCCGAGAUAGGGACCGGGACAGGGACAGGGGCCGGCGAUACACUUCCCACAGACGCACGAGGUCAAGAUCCUUGUCUCGCUCAGGGGACCGCUUCCGAGGAGGUGGUGGUGCUGGGCGGUCGUCGGGCUACUAUCGGGCCGAGAGGGAGAGGGAGAGGGAGAGAGAGAGCCGCAGCCCCAGCCCCUCUCAGUCGCCCCUGCACAGUCGAUCCCCGUCCCCUGGCAGCGCUCGCUCCGGUGCCCCCUCCACCAGCUCACUCUCGGACAAGCUGAGAAAGACUGAUACUCCAUGUGGUAAAGAGACCGGAGCUGCCAAACCCAAGAUGACGCCGCAAGAAAAGUUGAAGCUUCGCAUGCAGAAGGCUCUCAACAAGCAGUCCAAGGCGGAUAAGAAGGCGGCCCAGGUGAAGAUCCAGCAACAGGAGAACAAGCGGCAGGAACGAGAGGGCGAACUCCGCGCCAUGGCCCGCAAGAUACGCAUGAAGGAGCGCGAGCGUCGGGAGAAGGAGAGGGAUGAUUGGGAGAGGCAAUAUGGGCGAGGAAGCAACUCGCCCUCCCCGCCAAAAUACAGUCGAGAUUACAGUUCUUCCAGAAGGAGGUCACGCUCACGAAGUCCCUACUACCGCUACUGAUCCCGCUGAACAAACACCCACAACCCCCGGACCCAGCCCAGACACACACAAAGAAAGAAAGGAAGAAAGAAAGAAAGAAAUGGGUCUUUGGAAACACACCAUUGCAAAGAAACAAAUGAAUUAAUUUCACACGUCUUCA